AUUCCACAAACUUAUUCACCAAUAUUCAAUGCCUUAUUUCCAGCCUACCUCAAGUAGUCAAACUUUAUUAAUUGUUUUCAAACGCUAUGAAGAAGAUGAUAUGUAAGACCAGAGGUUAAAACACACGCCGUGUGCUUGCUUUGAUUGUAUGCAGACCAAGAAAAAAAACAAAAGUUUGCAGAUGAAGAUUAAGGGGAAGAACCGAACCCUGCUCUCUUCUCUAAUCUUUUUGAGCUUUUUCUGUUCAUUGUUGUUUGCCCAACUCAAUAAAACUGAAAAUGAUACACUUAGGAUUGAUGUUGGAGUAAUCCUGGAUAUGGAAUCAUUGGAGGGGAAGAUAUUCCGAAGUUGCAUUUCCAUGGCAAUUUCUGACUUUUACACUCUACACAGUUACUACAAAACAAGAAUCACUCUCCACACAAGGGAUUCCAAAGGACAACCUCUACUUGCUUUAUCCUCAGCACUUGAUCUUUUGGAAAAUUCUCAAAUAAGAGCCAUCGUUGGUGCACAAACAUCAAUGGAAGCAAACUUUUUGGCUGAGCUAGGAGUUAAAACUAAAGUCCCUCUGAUUUCAUUAUCAUCUACUACCUCUACCUCAUCCUCAAACAGGUAUCCUUACUUUGUUCAAAUUACACAAGAUGAAAUUUCUCAAGUUGCAGCAAUCACUGAUAUUGUUGAAACAUUCAAGUGGAAGAAUAUCAUCAUCAUACAAGAGGACAGUGAUGAUUGGAGAUAUUUCAUCCCACAUUUGUUUGAUUCGUUGCAUGAGAAAAACAUCGAUAUUACUCGUAAGAGCAUACUUACCACCACGGAUGAUGAUGGUAAAAUUGUUGAAGAGCUACAUAAGCUCAAGGCAUUGCAACAAACGGUGUUUAUUGUUCAUAUGUCACCACUUCUUACAUCUCAGAUUUUCAUGAAUGCAAAGGAAUUGGGAAUGAUGAGUGAAGGGUAUGCUUGGAUCAUGACUACAAAUAGUAUGAAUCUUAAUUUUCCUUUAAUGGGAUCACCUGUAAUUGACUCAAUGCAAGGAGUUAUCAGUUUGAGGCCAUAUAUUCCAGCAUCAAAAGAGCUUCAAGAUCUUAUUUCAAGAUGGAGAAAGAAAUUUCUUCUCGAAACUAAUAUGGAACUAAUGGAAUUAAGGGCUUCUUAUAUAUGGGCAUAUGAUGUUGCUUGGAGUCUAGCUAGAGCAGCCGAGAAGGCGAGGACAAAGAUUAGUGCAUCUGAACAUGGUUUAGUACUUUUACGAGAACUUUUACAACCUAAAUUCAAGGGUUUAAGUGGUGAACUUCGAUUCAAUAAUAGGAAACUCGUCUCAAAUGAAUUUGAGGUAGUGAAUGUGAUAGGAAGAGGGGAGAGAAGAGUCGGGUUUUGGACUCGUGAUGGAAAAAUUACAAGGGAAUUGCAUCGAUCCAGUAAUGGACGACAAUUAUCAUCCAUAAAUAAUAAUAAUCUUGAAGACAUUAUUUGGCCUGGAGGAUCCGCUACCAUUCCAAAUAAAAUAAGUGGUAAAAAACUUAGAAUUGGUGUUCUACGAAACUCAAGGUUCCCUGAAUUGGCAAAGAUUGAUCAUGAUAUCGAAACAAAUGCAACAAUCAUUACAGGUUUUUGUAUAGAUGUAUUCAAGACUGCCAUUGAAUCAUUAGAGUAUGAAGUAGAUUAUGUGUUUAUACCAUUUCUGAAUGCUAGUGGACAAAAUAAUGGGACUUAUUUUGACCUUAUAUAUGAAGUCUAUCUUCAGAAGUAUGAUGCUGCUAUUGGAGAUAUAAUGAUCACAGCGAACAGAUCUUUAUAUGUGGAUUUUACAUUACCUUAUACCGAUGUAGGAGUAGGAAUGAUAUCCCUAAAAGACAGUAAAAGCAUGUGGAUUUUCUUGAAGCCAUUAAAUUCUGAUCUUUGGUUAUCAAGUGCUUGCUUUUUCAUCUUAACCGGGGUUGUCAUUUGGCUGAUUGAACGUCCUGUUAACAAUGAGUUUCAAGGUCCUAUAUCUCAGCAAAUUGGAAUGAUAUUUUGGUUCUCCUUCUCAACCCUAUUUUUUGCUCAUAGAGAAAAAUUGGUAAGCAAUUUGUCGAGAUUCGUGGUGAUCGUUUGGUUGUUGGUGGUGCUUAUAUUGACUUCUAGUUACACUGCAACUUUAACUUCGAUGAUUACACUUGAACAUAUACAUUUUAACUCAAGGGAGAACUACUUAGGAGACAAUGCAGGUUCCUUUAGUGGCGGCCCUAUUACCAAAAUGAAUUUCAGAAACACUCAUCUUAAGCCAUAUAGUUCACCUGAAGAGUAUGCUGAUGCUUUGUCAAAAGGAAACAAAAAGGGAGGUAUCUCUAUUAUCAUCGAUGAGAUACCAUACAUCAAAAUCUUCCUUGCAAGAUAUUCUGCACACUUCUCCAGGAUUGGAUCCAUGCCUAUAUCUAGCUUCAACGAUGUUGGCAUGUCUAGCACUAAUGGCUUUGGCUUUGCUUUCCGUAAAGGUUCUCCAUUGGUCCAUGAUAUGUCAAGGGCAAUUGCAAAAUUAAGAGAAAUGGGAACGCUUAAUAUGAUGGAAAAUGCAUGGUUUAGAAGUCAUGAAUCAAUGCAUACAUUUGGAGACACUUCAAACAAUGUGAAUUCUCUCACCUUUGAUAGCUUUCGUGGUCUAUUUCUCAUCACUGGUGUCUCUUCAGCUUUAGCUCUUUCUAUACUUUAUGGUUAUGUGCUUUAUAAUUAUUGGAAAGCUAUCAAUAUUUAUAACUUCAUUGUCCUUAUUCAAGGACAAUUCACGGCUGUAAAACAAUUCCUCUCCACUAAAUUUUUUAGCAGAACUUGAGCUUGUAGAUAUUAACAUGAUUUUGUCUAUUUCUCUACCAAUCAACAAUCUUAUGUACUUUUUUUUUUUCUCAAAUUCCUUUG